GACACCGAUUCUGUCCUGGCCUUUUAUAAACGUUUCUAAAAGCACACCCACUAAUAAAAUCUGAAGCGGUGUGAUGCCACGGAUGAAUAUUUGGUUGUGUUUUGUUCUCCUCGCGUCCUGUUGCGAUGGACGAACUGAUGAAGAGGAGGAAAGGCCGGGGGUGAAAGGUUCGCAUCACCUGAGCCAUAAGGGGUCUGGGUUAAGACUCGAACCUUCGGCUCCAGCUCGACACGGUUUACUUGCCUUCAGACACGACCAACAAGGUGACUUAAGUUCAACUAAAGCGUCACAGGAUGGGCUGGCUGCAAAAAUAAAGCGCCUGAAUCCAUCAGUUCAAUGUGGCGACAACCAGAUGACCCUGACUGUCAAUCGGGUCAAAGCUCCACGUUUUCUUGUGGAUGGCGGUGAAGAACCUCAUACGUCCCUUGCGCAGAUGCCAGCUUCAUGUGGCUUCUCUGUGAAGAGAUCCCGUCGACAUGUGCAGUACGCAGCAUCCUAUCGGGGCUGUCAUGUUAACAAGGAGGAUGGUGAUCAUCUUCUACCGCUGCUUUUUCAAGGGGCACCAAUGACCAUGUCUUGCCCCAAUGUGCUGACAUCACCUGCUGUUGUCUGCUUUCCAUCAAAGAUGGUGGUUAAACUUGGUGGUGUAGCAGCAAAUGACCUCAAAAUAAAGGUUUCUGGCACAUGGCAGCCUUUAUCAUCAACCUGCAGCAGCUGUGGACUAACUUUUAAAGAGGUUUCUGGAGAACUGGCACUGAUUGCUCCCUACAACACAGACUUGUGUGUAGAGUUCAAGGAUGAAGAGUUCUCACUCUCUCUUCAGUGGGGAGAUUAUGAGCUUUUAGCAGUGUGCCCUGCAGUACCAGACAUUAACCCAACAACUGAAGCAACGCCGCCCUCUAGUGACGUUGGUCAAGUUCUGCAGCAUCCUCAGAACUAUUUACAAAUGUUCUCUCAAAUGUUGCAGCCCUGGCCAACACCAAGUCCAGCCCCCAGAGCACCACUACCAUUUGUCUUUGUUGCCACAAACUCUCCAGAAAACRAAAAAGUACCAGAAGUUCAAAGUCCUGCGUUAUCCUUUAUGCCACAGUUGCCUCAGUUCUUUGUAUUUCCCAGACCUGACUCGCCAGCACAGACUUCUGGGAUUGAAAAUAGUCCCAUAAAACAGGCCCAGUUUCCUCGGAUGCCACAGUCUCUUCAAUAUCAAGUCCCUAUUUUCUCUGAAUUCCCCAUGGUGCCUGGAAUAGUCCAACAAGCGACUCCACCACCACGUCCUGCCACCAGUACUGAGUCUUUGCCAACAUCUGAGCCUGCAGCAGUGAAUGAGGAGAAAUUUCAACUUCCUCUGCAGUCGCAGUUUCCUGUGCUACCUCAGCAUUCUUUUCCAUCGUUCUUUAAACUCCCAUUCUUUUCAGAAGACAAAGCACAAGUUGAUGAUCCUGAAACUGACAUUCAUCAGCUCCAACCCCAGCCCCACCACCCUCAGUUCUUCCAGUUCCCUGUGGUGUAUUCUCCUCUUAAUUAUCCAUCUAAAGGGCAAAAUAUGUUUACUUUCCCUGCUGCUGCUACAACCUCCACCAGUGCCGCUCCGACCAAAGCACCACUGCCUGACAAUGCUUUUUACCCACCACCCCCUUAUAUGCCAGUACUUUUACUUCCUGAACAAGCUUCUGUCCCAGCAUUUCUUCACCCUCCAAACAGCCCUUCUACAAAUUCAGCUCCGUCUGAUCAGCAUGAAUACCAUCCUGUCUACCACGCCUUGCAAACUUUCUACCCUUUGCUUCCUGACCAGAGGAAAACAGAACCUACAGGACGUUAAAAAUCACUCUGCUGAUUGAGCUCCAGGACAUGGCAGAUGAUUUCUGGGUUUUAGAUUUGCAGAUUCUCUCUCUUUUUUAUUUUUUUAUUUUUUAUUUUUUUGAGAGCUGUUGAACAAUUUAAAAAAUAAUUCUGGAAAGUAAACAUGUUUCUGGUCAAAAAUAAGAGUAUUUUGUAAUGCAAUAUGCCAAUAAUGCAAAAUGUUUGUAUAUUUUUUUCCUUUUGAGGAAGAAUAAAGCAGUGGAAUUUG